AUGGAUUUAAGACAAGAAACAGCGUUAACAACACUAUCGAUUGUGAGACUUGUGGAAUCCGGCAUCGAUAGUGGCAAACCAAUCCGUGGUCCAUCCGCAAUUGAAUACGAUCAGAUAGGGACAAAAUCUGCGCAAGAAUUACUCUACGAAAGCGCAUCUGAAUCGAAUUAUACAAAAGCAGAAGAAAAAUGGACGAAAUUUGUAGGAAAAAUCAAGGAGGAGGGGUUGAGACGAUAUCAGAUCGGAAAACUCAUCAAAUGUUUAGAUGAACAAAAGCAAUGGUCAGCAUUACAUUAUGCUGUGUUCAAUAACAACUUGUUCGUCACGAAAAUUCUGGUUGGAACAAGACAUAUACAUAACGAUAAGCCAUACAAAUGCGAUUUGAAUGUUCUUGGUGGAAAUGGUGAAAAUGUUCUCCAUGUCGCUGCACAAUCAAAUCCACUGUGGUCUCAUCAGAAAGGACCAACACGACCUUCGCAAAUCGACUCAUCGGAUGCGUAUAGAAAUAUUCCGGAUGUGGUCAAAAUACUCGUUGAUUCAACACGAUUCGACCAACAGAUUGAUAUCAAUCAUCAAAAAAUUGAUCUAUUUCGGUCUCGUACACUUGAUAAUCGAAGUCCGCUGGUAUUCGCUGUCGGUCAUCCCCAUUGUCCAGAGAGUAUUAUCCGACAACUGACUGAGUACAAUGAUGACAAUAGUCAAUUGAUCUGGGCAUUUGAUACUGUGGCAAAACGACGGAUCGGAAACUUUGAUGUCUUGAAACCGUUAUUGAAACGUUUUGAAAGGGAGAUAAGUUAUCAAAACGAAUUAGUACAAGUUGUUUGCCGUCAUGAUUAUAUACAGAUUCUCCAGUGGUUGCUGUCAAACAAGUACAUCACCUGUAAGU